AAACAUUAAAAAAAAAAAAAAAGUGAUGCAACGCAACGAAUAGAGUAGUGCUGAUGGGAAGAAUCAAGAAAGAGAGGAAAGAUGGAGAGCCCCGUGGUGCUAUUUGAAUCACCGUAUUUGGUUGGACAAAACUCUCUCUCUUUUCCUAAACCCAAAGCUCUUUUGUUUCUCUCUGUCUGUCUAGUGGCGGCUGAGACUGAGACUAUCAAUUGGCCCCGUUGUUCUCCCCCGUCUAAAACCCACAACUGAGCUUUGGGAUUGUUAUUUAGGGUUUAGACAUUCGAUCUAGUGAUGGCGGCCACAGUUGCUCCCUCUGCAGGUCAAACAGCAGGGCUCUUGCAGAAAUUGUCUUUAGACUCACAAGCAAAGCCCUUGGAUAUUCCUGAGCCUAUCAAAAAGCCUUCUGUUUAUCAGUAUGGUUCUGUUGAUUUGGGCAAUGCAGGAAAUACCCAAAUUCCAUCUUUUGAGAGAUCUGCAACACCUUUGCUACCUGAGUUUAUGGAUCUAGCUAUGUGCUAUCUUCCUAAUAGUUAUCCAUCUGCCUAUUACUAUGGAGGCAUUGAUGGCACUGGUAAUGAGUGGGAUGAAUAUUCAAGAUAUGUGAAUCCAGAUGGAGUUGACAUGACUUCAGGAGUUUAUAGGGACAAUGGGUCUCUGAUGUAUCAUCAUGGUUAUGGUUAUCCACCGUAUGGACCAUAUUCACCUGCAACUUCCCCAGUUCCAACUGUGGGAAAUGAUGGUCAGCUGUAUGGGCCUCAACACUACCAGUAUCCUCCCUUCUUCCACCCGCUGACUCUGACCAGUGGCCCAUUCACCCCAAACCCUGCUGCCCCAUGUCAAGGGGAGCUUUCGACCUCUGCUGCUGCUGAUCAAAAGCCCUUGCCUGUUGAAACAGUUAAUGCAAAUUCCAAUGGAGUAGCUAACGGGGGUAGCAUGAAGGGAAAUAAUGGUCCAGGUGCAAUAAAAUCAUCAUACCAGAGCUCAUUUAAUUCUAAUAGUUCUUAUGGAAGGGGAGCUCCUCUAGGAGGUAUUCCUACCUCUGGAUAUCAGGAUCCAAGAUAUGGUUUUGAUGGGUUUCUGUCUCCUAUCCCGUGGCUUGAUGGCUCUAUGUUUUCAGAUGGGCAACACAGACCUGUGGCUAGCACUGGAAUAAACUCUUCAUUUUCAAAAGCAAAUAGUAUUCCAUUAUCAAGGAAUCAAAACUUCCGUUCAAAUUCUCAUUGCAUGGGACUGCACCAGCCUGGGGCAAUAUCCGGCAUGGGUACAGCUCAGAGGUUUAUUAAUAGGAUGUACUCAAACAAACUAUAUGGCCAGCAUGGAAACACAUUCAGAUCUGGAAUGGGCUUUGGAUCUAAUGGUUAUGAUUUGCAAACAAAUGGAAGGGGUUGGUUGGCAGACAACAACUAUAAACCAAGGGGACGAAGCAAUGGUUACUUUGGUUCUGGCAAUGAUAACAUGGACGGUCUUAAUGAACUGAACAGGGGACCCAGGGCUAAGGGUUCCAAGAACCAAAAGAGUGCAACGCCUUUCACAACAGCUGUCAAGGGGCAAAAUAUUCCCUCCAGUGGAACUAAUGAUGAGAGGGGAAAGGCGUAUGUUGCUCCAGACUGUGAACAGUAUAACCGAGAAGAAUUCCCUGUGGAUUAUGCCGAUGCCAAGUUCUUUGUUAUUAAAUCAUACAGUGAGGAUGAUGUUCAUAAAAGCAUUAAGUACAAUGUUUGGGCUAGCACACCAAAUGGUAACAAAAAGCUUGAUGCAGCUUACCAGGAGUCUCAGCAGAAAUCUGGUUGCUGCCCUAUUUAUCUUUUCUUCUCGGUUAAUGCAAGUGGGCAAUUUGUUGGCCUUGCUGAGAUGCUAGGGCCUGUUGAUUUUCAGAAGAAUGUGGAGUUCUGGCAACAAGACAAGUGGACUGGCUGUUUCCCAGUAAAUUGGCAUAUUAUUAAGGAUGUACCUAACAAUUCUUUGAAGCACAUUACCCUAGAGAACAAUGAGAAUAAACCUGUCACAAAGAGCAGGGAUACACAAGAGAUAAAGCUUGAGCAAGGGCUUAAGUUGAUCAAAAUCUUCAAAGAGCAUUCCAGCAAAACUUGCAUUUUAGAUGAUUUUGAAUUUUAUGAGGUUCGCCAGAAGGCAAUUCAGGAGAAAAAGGCUAAACAGCAGCAACAGCAGUUGCAAAAGCAGGUAUGUGAAGGAAAGCCUUUAGAUGAGAAGAAAGAUGUAGCAAAUGGUUCACAGAAGUAUAUGGAAGUUGCAUCAGAUUUGAUCGAGGAACCUAGUUUAGCUGCUCAGUCCAAUGGGGAUCUAAAGCUUUCGGAGAAUGGUUCAGCGGCAAAAUCUGGAGAUGCCUCAAAGGGUGCUAAGCCAGUUCUUGUGUCAGAGAAGAGGGUUUUAUCAAAUGGGAUUGCAAACGGUUGCUAGCUUCUGCCAAUCCCGUUGCUGUGGUUUGUGGUCUUGUAGAAUAAGAUGAGUAUAAACUGAAUUUCCUGCUUUAGAAUAGAUUACAGAACUGUGGACCGUCGGGGAAGUGGAUCUCUGUCUUGGGUGGUAUGAAGUGAAUAAUUUAUGGCGGGGCAGUGUAGGUUUCUCUGAAUCCAAAAGGCAGAUUAUGAUGGGUCUCUUUCUACUACUCUCUAUAGUGGGUAGGCUCCUUUCUGGUUUUUCUUUAGGAGGUUGGGUUUAGGGUUUUUCUUUCAGUGUCGUUUCCUUAUUUUGUUCAACUAAUUUUUUUUUUGACCCUUUAUAUCUGUUAUUAUUAUGCCUUUACAUGCUUGUCGAUUUCCCUCCACAAAAAUCUAGAGCAAACAUGGUGCACGCUUUAAGCUAGCUUUUCAUUUUUCAUUUUUUUUUGUUGUCAUUUUAUGUAACAGUAAUAUCGUCAGGAUAAUAUACAUGAUAUUAUGCGUGAAAAGUUAGAAAUUA